CGCUGUGUUCAGAGGUGAAACACACCUGUGAGAGGAGAGAGCGUCGCAUCAGUGCACGAGCUCCGUUAGUGAGACCGGACCCGCUGUUUGUUUCCUCGUGUUUCCUCGUGUUUCCUCAGGUACCUGGAUAAAGUUUCGACGUUUCGUGGGAAUUUACUUUUGGAGACUCGGAGCCUCCCGGCGUCGCCUCGACACAGCGACACAAUGCGAGCUGUUCACCUGAAUAAUGAGACGUGCAGGAACGGGUCUGUGGUGAGGCUGUGGUGUGGCUCCCAGUCUGCAGUGUGUUUGGUCACUGGAGAUCAAACACUGGCCCACACACACCUGCUGAACAACAGCAGUCACACAACAGAUGUAAACGGUACCUACAACCUGUGGCUGGGCCUGACUCUGGCCGUGCUGUCCGCCUUCCUGAUUGGAGGGAGCGUCAUUCUCAAGAAGAAAGCUCUGCUCCGAUUGGCCAGCACUGGUCACACCAGAGCAGGUGAUGGAGGUCAUGGCUACCUGAAGGACUGGCUGUGGUGGGGAGGCCUGUUAACCAUGGGAGCAGGAGAGGCCUGCAACUUUGUCGCCUACAUGUUCGCUCCGGCAACGCUGGUGACUCCGCUGGGCGCUCUGAGUGUCCUCAUCAGUGCACUUCUGUCCUCCUACCUGCUGGGGGAGGUGUUGAACGUGGUGGGGAAGCUCGGCUGUCUGCUGUGUGUGCUGGGAAGCAUCCUGCUGGUCAUCCAUGCCCCAGAAGAACAGGAAGUGACAUCACUACAGGACAUGACCCACAAGCUGCUGGAGCCUGGUUUUCUGGUGUAUGCGGCAGCAGUCUUGCUGUUGUGUGCGGUGCUCGUGUUGUAUUUCUCUCCUCGCUUUGGUCGAUCCAACAUCCUCAUCUACAUCAGCAUCUGCUCGCUGCUCGGAGCCUUCACCGUCUCCUCUGUGAAGGGCCUCGCCAUCGCCAUCAACACUGUGUUUUAUGACGUUUCAGUCCUUGCUGAUCCUCUCACCUGGAUCCUGCUUCUCACUCUCAUUGUCUCCAUAGUAACACAGGUGAACUACCUGAACAAGUCUCUGGACACCUUCAACACCCUGCUGGUCUACCCCAUCUACUACGUCCUCUUCACCUCUGUGGUUCUGUCUACCUCCAUCAUCCUCUUCCAGGAGUGGAGGAGCAUGGCGGCCGUGGAUGUGGUCACGGCGCUGGGAGCCUUCAUGGUUAUCGUGGUGGGUGUGGCCAUGCUCCACCUCUUCAAAGAGCUGCAGAUAACAGUGAAGCAGCUGACCAAUCAGCUGUCUCAGCCAGUGGAGACGGAGGGGCUUGCAGAUGAGAUGUCACCCAGUGGAAGAGGAGACGGAAAAUGGAGGAAUAAAAAAGAGGAUAAAUAUGGACUGAUGGACAACAUGGUGAUAGAGAGUCUUCCCCCUAUGAGAGAGGAAGGACCAAGAGUCUUCAUCAUCAGCUGAAGGAGACAGAAGGAUGGAGACACAGGUUUGUGUCUCCCGUCUGGACUUUGUAUUUCAGACUGAUCAGCACCGUUGUCCUCACUCUGACUGUCUCCGUGAGUCCCAGGCCUCUGGUCCAAAGCAUUUCAGUGAAAUACUGAGAUCCAUGAACUUUCACACAAAAAACAUUUACCUGAACACACUGUGCAAAAUUUAAACCACAACAAAUGAGAUGCGAAAUGACCACAAAGAGACACAGGUGUAAAUGAGGUCAGUGGCUGUAAUAAUGUGAUUAAAGCAUCUGUAAAAUUUCUCUACAACAUGUUCAGAUUUACUUUGUUUUUAUUUUAAAGAUUUUAUAACAACAGUGUAACAUCCUCAUGAAAAUUUAAAUUUCACUCAGCUAAUAACACUGAGGAUUUGAUUGAUUCAUUAUUCAAAGGGUGAGGCUGGUGUUGUCCCGUGUUGUUUUACUGUCAGCGGCUCCCAUGUGCAGAUCCAAACCAACAACGUCUUGGUCCGUCCAGCAGUACUUCCCCUGCUCUCUGUGUCUCAGCUGCAGGCCUGUUUGUUCCUACUCGACAGAACAUGAGUUAAUCUUCUUUAGAUAUUUUUUUCAUCUUUAAAAAUACUCAACAUUUCAUGGAAUAUUCACAUCUGAUGCUGUGGAACUUUUUAUUUUUAUUUUUUUCAAUAGCUGUGAACUGGAGAUGCCACCUGAGACCCUUUCCUGAACUGCGAUCAGCUGUAAAUAAGUUAUAACCUGCAGGACAUUGUCAGGUCUCAGACCUGACAGUAGUGUAACAUGAGCGCAGAGACACAGGCAGGUAGAAUGGAUCUGUCUGUAGUGUGGUUACAUUUUACUGGAGCUGAUAACAGUGAUCGUGGUCACUGAGUCGGGUCUGACGCUGUCUGACCUCCCUCACGUAAAAUCAACAGUCAAAACUGCUGAAUUGAAAACAGUCAAACCAAAAUACAUUUAGUUCAGUUUGGUAAGAAUCUUAUUAACAUUUGAAAAAGAUGUUUUCAAAGCACUUUAUUCACUUUGUUAAUGAUCAUGUUAAGACCUGUAUGGACUGAGGACAGAUCUAAAGACUUUACAUACUUAUUCUUGAUUCUGACAUAAAGUAGUUCAACAUUUCUGUGGUUACUGGAGAUAUUUGUCUUUGUGUCUUUGGUUUUCUUGAUUCUGUUUUUAAUUUUCUGUUGUAGAGUUUCAUCAUUGACUGAGUGUGAUAUUUUUCCUAGUUACUUGUUUAACUUUUGCCACUGUUGAGAUAUUUCAUUGUCACCUGACUGAAAAACAGAGCCGCAGAGGCCUGAUGUUCAAACAGAGGGUUAGGGUUAGACCAGACUCUGCUGUGGUGCCAGGAAAUGAGAGCAGAGUGAGACAUCUCUGCCUCUGUCAGUCUGUGUUUGUGUUCAUCUGGUUUUAAACCAUCAUGUUUAAACUGUUUUCCUCUGAGCUGACGGCUGGAGUCCAUGAAGCAGCCAGACCCCACACUCACACACACUGUCCAUUACUCGGUGUUUAACCUCACUCUAAGGCCCCUGAAGAGAAACACUAACAUAAUAAAAUAUAUUUAUUAGUAAAUUAAAUUAAAAUUUAAUUAAAUUUAACCUGAAAUUAUUUAAAUUAGUGAGAAAUCCUGAGUUGAUUCCACUGAACUCCUGUGCCAUGUUUUACAGUGUAGAAAUAUGUUCAUGCUGCAGAGUACCAGGAGUGUGUGUCUGAAGUGUGUGUGUGUGUGUGUGUGUAUUGUUGCUGCUGAAGACUCAGUUCAUGAAGCUCAGAGGAACAAACUAAUGGAACUAAUUAAAGUGUGUCUGUCUCCACUAACAGCAGCUGGGCUUAAAGGAACUUCCCAUGUUUGGUUUGGUUUUUUUGGAUUCACCAUGUCACACGUUCUUUGCAUUAAAACCCAUCACAGUGUUUCUCA